GAAGCACAGGACAUCACUGUGAGAGGCUGGGAAAGGGUUAAAGAGCUCAGCUGCCUGCUUUGCUUCAGUCCUGGGAGCCGCUGCCCUUAGACAAACACUGAUUUCUGCUCGCUCUUCUCUUAGUAAUGCUGCUUCUGCCUCUUUCCCUUUCCCAUCCAGCGCGCUCUUGUCGGUAGCGCACAGAUCCUCCACACCCGGGCCGUCCUUCCUCCGUCCGUCCGCGGUGAGAGUCCUCCAGGCUGGACAUGCCAGGAUGUACGGGUCGAUGAGAAGCAGCGGAGGAGGCGAUCAGCGAGCAGGCUCCAGGUUUUUAUCCGUGAUAAAGUAAACUGAAACCAGCGUCUUUGCGCAUGAAACAGGAGAGAAACAAGAGAGGGUUCGGGCUUGGCUUCCUCCACUGGUUUCCAAAGACUCAUCAUGAGAAAACCCAAAGUGAUCCGGAUCAUUUUUGCUUUGUCCCUGGGGUGUUUUGUUAUGGUUAUCGUCUAUUUUAACAGCAAUCUCAAACCAGGUUCAGAGCCAGUCGGGGAGCGGAGUGGCCAAAAGUCCAGGAGGAGUCCUCUGCAGGCUCUUUAUGACAGUGACCAGGUGGAGUCAGCAGUGCAGGCGCUCCAUCAGAGCCGGCGAGAGCUGCUGGAGGAGGGGUGUCGCUCAUACACUCGCAAACGCAGAGUCCUCAUCCCUGAAGACCUCAAACAUGUGAUCGUGGACGACCAGCACGGCCUGCUGUACUGCUACGUGCCCAAAGUGGCCUGUACUAACUGGAAGCGUGUGCUCAUGGUCCUGACCGGUAUGGCUGGCACCCAACGAGACCCCCUGGCUAUCCCAGCCAACGAAGCCCAUGUGUCUGGAAACCUCCGCACACUCUCAGAAUACACCACGUCCCAAAUAAACCAGCGACUGCGCUCCUACCUUAAGUUCCUCUUUGUACGGGAGCCUUUUGAACGCCUCGUGUCCGCAUAUCGCAAUAAGUUCACACGCAGCUACAACACUGCUUUCCACAAGCGCUAUGGCACAAAGAUUGUCCAGCGGCACAGGCCAAACCCACAGCCUGAAGCUCUGGAGAAGGGCAAUGAUGUGUCCUUUGAGGAGUUUGUGUACUAUCUGGUGGACCCAGCCACACAGCGGGAAGAGCCUUUUAACGAACACUGGGAGCGGGUGCACUCUUUGUGCCAUCCCUGCCUCAUCCACUACGACGUGGUGGGCAAGUACGAGACGCUGGAGCAGGACUCCCGCUAUGUGCUGCAGCUGGCCGGGGUGGAGCAGCAGGUCAGCUUCCCCUCCUCCUCCAAAAGCACCAGGACUACAGGAGACAUGGCUGCCCAGUUCUUCCAAAAUAUAAGCCCCUUUUACCAAAAGAAACUCUACAACCUUUAUCGCAUGGACUUCCUACUUUUUAACUACUCAAUUCCAGAGUAUUUGAAGUUCACAUAAGGGCACUACACAAUGAACUACGGCAGAUAUUCUCUUUUAAAAUACGUGUGCAAAUACUGCCUUUUAAAGCAAAAAAAAACUGUUACUCUAUAGUAUUAAAGUGGAUGUCAUUCAUUUCCAGGGAAAGUGUGAACUACAAAUUGCCUUUUAGUUUUCUGUUGUCUGCUGUUGAAUUGGUGUGACAGAACUUGAUUGGUGCGCAGUAGCCUCUAGUAGACAGUGAAUGUCACUAAAUGUAUGUGCCUUUUGAUUACAGGCCUUUAUAAAUACCUUUUGUAACUGUGAUUUUCUGUUUUGUACUGUAGUGCAACAUUUGCGUAACUAUGAUAUUGUUUAAUUUAUUUGUAUUUCUGAGUAUUUGAAAUUAAAUAUUGUAACGCAUUCCUCAAAA